AUGUUUCGGGCGAAGCUUGAGGAGCUGAAGGAGAAGCUGAAUGACAAGAAUGCGCCUUUCGGUGUGGACCUUUUGAUUCCGCAGGUGGGGGGUGAGGCCCGUGCAACGAACUACGAUUACACCGGAGGAGACCUGCCGGAGCUCAUCGACAUUACCAUUGAGAUGGGCGCGAAGCUCUUCGUCUGCGCUGUCGGCGUGCCUCCCAAGUUCGCGGUGGACAAGCUUCACGCUGCCGGCAUUCCUGUCAUGAACAUGAUCGGAGCUCCCAAGCACGUCAGCAAAGCGUUGGAGUCCGGCGUUGACAUCAUCUGCGCUCAGGGCGGUGAAGGUGGAGGCCACACCGGAGACGUUGCUACAGGCAUCCUGAUCCCAAUGGUGGUGGAUAUGUGCAAGGGUCACAAGUCUCCUCUGACCGGGAAGCAAGUUCCUGUUGUGGCCGCUGGUGGCAUCGCAGACGGCCGCCACCUUGCCAUGUCUCUCGCGCUGGGCGCGGAUGGUGUUUGGGUGGGAACGCGUUUUGUUGCCUCGGUUGAGGGAGGCGCACCCCCGAAGCACAAGGAGGAUCUUUGCAAGGCGAGCGUGCACGACACCCACCGGACAGAGAUCUACACUGGCCGUCCGAUGAGAAUCAUCAAGAACAAGUAUUCCGUCAGCUGGGAGGAGGAUCGCUCCAAAGAAAUGCGGGAAUGCUUGCAGUCAGGGCUGAUUCCAUACAAGAAAGACGAGAAGCUCAUGGAGGAGAAGCUCCAAGGAAAGCAUCAGGAUGUUCCUGUUCCUGUCGGUCUUGAAUCAGGUCAUCCGUGGCUUUGCGGACAAGUCGCUGGCAUGAUCACCGACGUCCUGCCUGCAAAGACCAUCGUCGAUCAGAGUCUUGUCUGCGGCUCCUCCGAGGAUGGUGGAGCAGGCCGCUACGAUGCUCCAGGCCAACGGCGCGAAGGUGAGCUGGCCUGCUCAGUCACGCCUCUGAAGCCUCAGCGUCGUGAGGAUGCUGAGGAGCGUCGAAAGGAGGCGGUUGGCGACGGCGACGGCGACCGCUGCGAGGAUGCUGUAGCCCUGGGCUGGCGGUGGCUCUGCGAAGGGAUGGCAUCGGAGGCGGCCGGCUGUUUCGGAGAGGCGAUUGAGCUGGACCAACACUCUGCCGCGGCCCACAACGGCCGUGGCAUCGCCAACGAGAUCUUGGGCAAGUCCGGCGAAGCGCAGGCGGACUAUGCCCAGGCGGACAAGCUGACAGAGGAGUAUGGCGAGCUGCGCGAGAGGCUGAAGCUGACGCGCCAGUGGAAGCCUAUCGACUUCGAGGCUCACCAAGCUCGCGGGGAGCCGGAAGGCAAGAAGGUGGCUUCGGAGGCAGACUUCCUCGUUUCUUUUGUCACCCCUAGCAGUCCCACCAACAACCUCAUCCUGAACCAGCUCGGGCAGGGCGUGCAUUUUAAGAAAGAAUUCCGCGGUGUCAGCUUCUGCCACGACGGAUCGCUGGGAAUGGAAGAGUGCCUGGUGACUGGGCUCUGCCAGGGGCGCUGGGAUGCCGCGUUCUGCGGAGUGCCGGCGCAGUCGCCGCGCGAGUUCCCAUCCCAAGCCUGGGUCCUGCGCUACAAGGAGGCUGCAACGCAGACACGGCAGGGCAUCCUCCUCCUGCAGCUGACGAGCGACUACUUCCUGUCGAAGGCCUGCGGCUGGGCCUUCGCGUUCCUGCGGAAGGUUGAGUUGGUGCACGUCUUCCUCUUCGGCGUGGAAGGCCCGCAGAUCCUCCGCUGGCAGGAGCUCGUGGAGAGCCCGAGCCUCUGCCGCCGGGCUUUCGGCCCCGCCCCCGACUCGGAGCUCGCGCGCAUCCGGGAGGUCACGGCCGAAGCUCGGAGGUCGAAGAGCGCGGCGGAGCCUGCGGAGGCGGAGUACCAGGCGCGGUGCGAGCUGCCCUCGCGGGAGCUGGGCUACGCUUUGACCCGGAAUCAGCAGAACACGGCCGUGGGAAUCUUGGCGGUCGGCGAGCUGAUGGAAACAUGCAUGCGAGCCGGUCAGGCGCAAAGGGCCAGCGAGCUUGGCAUCCGCUUGCUCGAUGUCCUGGAAGGAAGUUGCGAUCCAGACAACCCCCGCAUUUCCCUGGCUCUCUCCGAUCUCUCCGUAGCUAUCGACGAGCUCGGAGAUCAACGCUGGAGGAAGGAACUGCUGGAGCGCAGCGUCGAGAUUGCAGCGCGGGACUACGGCCCAAAGCAUCCAGAAGUGGUCAUGGUGCUGCGUAAUCUUCUCAACCACAGAACGCCAGCACAUUUUGUGAAACAGAUGGGGCUGCUAAUGGAGAGCCUGGAGGUCGUAGCUCAGCGAUGCCCCGGGUAUGGGCGCCCGGAGAAUGCGUCGAGAAGCAAUAUAAAUCUCAUUCUCGAAUCUCUGAGAGAGCGUCGGAUUCACAUUGCUGCGGAGCAGGAGAGCAACGCGAAGGUACUGCAGGGCAUAUCUUUCGCCAAAAGGCUUGCAGAGUCUCAAUGA